AGUGCUAUUAGCGGUAGUAUGUACACAGCCUCUCUCCGACGUCUACAUGAAUAGCGAGCGCUGGUUACCAGCUGCUCCGGUACCAUUGCUAUGGCAUUGAUUCCACAGGUUACAUCAAUACCGGAAUAAACGAUGGGAGGAUGUGUGCGAAUGCAAUGUGGAUAAACCUGUGAUACAACAUUACUCCUGCCUACAUUUUAUUGGAUUUUCCCCGUUUGGACCCUGUAUCGCAACGGUGGCACAGAGGAGCGUAGGCCCUAACAUGCCGUUAACGUAAACGUAGAUAUCAUCAACUUGUGCUGUCGUGUGGUUCCUUGUGCUUGUACUUGACUGGAAUACAGGAUGUUGCGAGUUGGAAAUGAAGACAAAUUUGGUUUUGAAAUCUGAUGCAUUUUUGUUUUCACCCUGAAUAUUAGCGUUAUGAAAUACAUUUGUUGUUGGGUAGUCCUCAAAUCGAGAAUGUCUUGUGGUUGCGUUAGAUUCAUAACUGGAUUUUGAGGAUUCUUGGAUAUGAAAAUGAAAUGUUGUUAAAACUGUGAUGCAAUGGGACUGGAGCCAUUAUACAUUCCAACAUUUAACCCGGUAGAUAAUUUAAGACCGGACCCUAGACCAUCUUUGAUCGUUGUCAUGAUGUACACGUAGAGCGAUUACAAUAUAGCGUGUGGUUGUACUAUCUUACGUCUGGAAGAGUCUGAAUAGAUGUAAACAUGGUAAAAAAAAGAUUGGACGAGAAGUGGGUGAUUGUGUGAUAUACUAUCAAUGGAAAAUCAAAGAUGUAUUCAAAAUAUUCCCACGGUUCGACAAGGACUUUACGGAUUAAACUAACACAUCGGACAUUAUAGUACGCAUCAUUUCCCGUGGACAUGGUCAGCACUGGCCAGUCGGAUUAACUCAAAUUCUCCCGAAGUAUAGAAGCAAACUAUGUUUAACAUGUUGAAGCCAGUUGAAUUCAAUAGACUUCAGGAGUACACUUCUUAUUCUAACAAAGCGCUCAAAGACGUGCUGGAGGAGUUCCACGGCGAUGGAGUCCUCUCUAAAUACAACCCAGAGGAAUGCCCCGACCAUCGGCUUCGGCGAGAAAUGUCGACCGUGGAAAGAUUAAAACUAAUUAACAAGCCAAUCGACUAUGAGGGUUUCAAGCUCUUUAUGAUGACCUACCUCGAGGCGGAGAUACCCGAGGACCUCAGUCAACACUUGUUCGGCUCCUUCAUGAAGAAACCAAACAAACCCCUGGCGCCACCUAUGGGUAAGGACUUUAAUGUCAAAGACGUCGCUGCUCAGGCCUCACAAACGCUUUGUGCACCGAUCACGCACCAGAAUGCAGAAAUAGCGGAUAAGUGUGAGCGGCAUCAUGGUAUAGCAGAGAAGAUCCAUGGCCUGUCGGAGAAGUUACAUGGCCUCGGUCACGUUCGCCAUGACAGUGGUAGUGGUGGCCGCACAGGUGGCGAUGUCACGCCGGAUGCUUCCAACCACUCGCGGUCCUCGUCCAAGAAGUCGAGUCAUAGUGUACACAGCGUGCACAACGGAAAUCGCAUUGAUGCCAAUGACCCCUGGAUCCGGCAGUCGAACUCAUCGUUACUCAAGAUAACGCAGACAGACUCCGCUGGCCUGCGCCAGAUGGGCAUCACACAGGGGAGCAUCUUCCUCAAGGACCUCGUCUGUUAUCUCUCCAUGUUGGAGGCGGGAAAACCCGAGGAUAAGUUAGAGUUUAUGUUCGAGCUGUACGAUACCGACGGGAAUGGUUUCUUAGACUCAAGUGAGAUUGACUGCAUUAUCAACCAAAUGAUGACGGUGGCAGAAUAUCUAGGUUGGGAUGUCUCAGAACUCAGACCGAUCUUGCAAGACAUGAUGCAGGAGAUCGACUAUGACAGUGAUGGUACCGUGUCGUUAGAGGAGUGGAAGCGGGGUGGUCUGACAACGAUACCCCUGCUCGUCUUACUUGGAAUAGAUACAAAUGUGAAAGAUGAUGGUACCCACGUUUGGAGAUUGAAACACUUCAACAAGCCGGCCUAUUGCAAUCUCUGUUUAAAUCUUCUAGUUGGGCUCGGAAAACAAGGCCUUAGUUGUACUUGUAUAUGUUGUCCCGCCGAGGCGAUGGAGUGUAUUAUUUGUAAAUAUACAGUCCAUGAACGAUGUGUACAAAGAGCCCCGGCCUCCUGUAUUACUACCUACACAAAGUCUAAAAAGACAUCAAAUUUACCCAUGAAUCACCACUGGGUCGAAGGCAACUGCCCGGGGAAGUGUGACAAGUGCAAGAAAUCCAUCAAAACAUAUAAUGGUGUGACGGGGCUGCAUUGUCGAUGGUGCCAAAUUACUCUCCACAACAAGUGUGCCUCACAGGUCCGACCGGAGUGCGACUUUGGCAAACUCAGGGAAUAUGUGCUGCCCCCUACAGCCAUCUUUCCAGCAGUAUUAGAGCGGCAAAGAACGAUUGGUUCUAGUACCAGUAGCGGAGGCAAGAAGGGACUUGACCGGAGUAAUUCACAAUCGCUUGAUGCGUUAGAUACAGUAGACGACGGCACGCUACAGGGCUCGAGUUCGCUACAAAGUUCAUUCCAAAUUGCGGUCAACCCUGGUAAUACGCCACUUCUAGUAUUCAUUAAUCCAAAGAGUGGAGGCAAGCAGGGAUCGAGAAUUCUCAGAAAAUUUCAGUAUUUAUUAAAUCCACGGCAAGUCUAUGACUUGAUUCGCCAAGGUGGGCCUCUGGAAGGUCUGCAGUUUUUCAAGGAUGUGCCUGACUUUCGAAUUUUAUGUUGUGGGGGCGAUGGAACCGUCGGCUGGUUACUUGAGGCUAUGGACAAAGUGAACUUUGACAAUCGGCCACCAGUAGCAAUCCUUCCGUUAGGAACAGGGAAUGAUCUUGCGCGCUGUUUACGCUGGGGUGGAGGAUACGAAGGUGAAAAACUUACAAAAGUUGUGGACAAAAUUGCACGAAGCAGCGUGGUGAUGAUGGAUCGGUGGCAGAUCGAAUUCAGUCCUCCCGACGAAGGCGAGGAGGACCCCACCGACCAAAUCCCCUGUAACAUCAUCAAUAACUACUUCUCAAUCGGGGUCGACGCGUCAAUCGCGCAUCGGUUCCAUAUGAUGAGAGAGAAACAUCCCGAGAAAUUUAACAGCAGGAUCAAGAACAAAGCAUGGUACUUUGAGUUCGGUGCAACAGAAAAUUUCUUCGCAACAUGCAAAAACCUUCACGAGAAGCUCGACAUCAUGUGUGACGGUUGCUCACUCGACCUCGCAAAUGGACCGACGCUCGAGGGCAUUGCGAUACUCAAUAUUCCGAGCAUUUACGGCGGGUCGAAUCUCUGGGGUGAAAACCCGAGUCAAAAGACACGCAGGAAAAUCACUCGACGGGAAAAGGAGAAAGAAUACUCAACAAGCAGCAUAUCAUCGAUGGAUCUGAAUCUCGCUAUCCAAGAUGUUGGUGACAAAUUGAUAGAGGUAGUUGGCCUUGAGAACACUAUGCAUGUGACGAAAGUCAAGUCACUGAAGGCUACAGGGAAACGACUGGCACAGUGCUCAUCUGUAGUCAUUAGGACCCGGAAGAGAUUCCCGAUGCAGAUAGAUGGAGAGCCAUGGAUGCAGCCACCAUGUACAAUCUCUGUCACACACAAGAAUCAAGUACCAAUGGUUAUGGGCCCAACAUCCAGCAAAAAGAGUUCAAUGCUAAAAUUCUUUUCAAAACGAUGAUAGUAUUCUUAUUUUGCUUUCAUAAUGGUGUGAAGUGUUGAUGUGCGGAUGCGAACGUGAGCAUCUUAACCAGCUAAUAAUCAAACAACAGCCCUAACUCAACACAAACAAGCUGAAACAUGACGGAAAUACCGUCUCGGCAUAAUCCGGAUGCGACCCAAGUGACGGAAAACCCAUCUGUGGAAAAUCUGGGUUUGACUUGUUGUGGAUAAUACCUUAGGAGCUGUCCAAGAGUACGCAUGAUAUGUUCACAUGUAGUUUUAGGAGACUUUGGGUUUUCACAAACGACAAUGUCUGUUUUUAGGAUAAAAUCUGGAUAUUCACAUGUCUUUAGGAUAAUAGGAAUAUCACCUAUGUUCACAAAAGAUCAGAUCAGAUCAGAAUAUUUUGAAAAUUUUUGCACUUAUUUCUCCAAAAUGAUGUGCUUCACUUAGUUAUGGGUGCUCAAGUUAGGCAGUUUUAGGACAUUUCUUAAACUUCAUGGAUGCGUCUCGUUUUGUGCCCUGUUGGACAGAGGGUGUUUGGGUGGCAAUUUGAUGCUUCCAAAAUAUCAGCAUGACAACAAAUGCCAGUAAAGUCAGUCCAGCUCACAAUGGAAAUCUUGUCCCAAAGUGUUCCAGGAGGAGAAGAAAUUUAGCUUGACUUUGAUCGUUCAGAAGUUUCUCUCACAUGCCAAUGUCUAGAUCAGUCAGCUUUAUUCCUAUGUAAUGGUGAAUCUGAAGGUUAAUUGAUUGAUGUUCAGCUCUUAAAAAAACACAGUCGUGACUGUGUGACAAAGGCCAAUUGUUAAAUUGGCAGUUUCGUUACCAAUUUCAACACUUGAUGGCACUUAUCGAGAAUUUGGCAUCACCCUCUCUCCUCAGAUGGCUGGCUUCACCUGAGCUUCUUUUUAAGCCACUGUUAAAUUGUACAGAUUCACUGUUGCCAACAUUUAUAAAAUAUCACCAAAGCUCAGUUUAAGACAUUAAACUUUCGUGUGGCUCAAUAUGAAAUUUCCGUCAGCAAAAUGGCUCUCAUUUAAUCUAUUUCAUUUCUGUACACAUGGCACCAUGUUUCAUACCCUGUGGGCUCAAAAAUUAUGUUAAACUGGUCCUGAUCAAGGUAACAUUAGAGUUGAGUAGUUCCGCUGCUUCAACAAUGUUCAUAUGUGUGUUCCUUGGGGACAGGCCCUUGUAGGUCAAAACAAAUGUAAAUCAAGUACGAGGGCUAUAAAAAUCUGAACAUUACUUGUUACCUUAGCGUCGUUGGUGACAACAUCAUGUCGAUCCCUUGCCGUUAAUCUUGACUCUCAGAGAUUAAAAUAACUUCUUCAUUUUAAUGGUGCACAAUAUUCGAAAUUGACACCAUUUUUGCAAUCGGUUCUGGGAAUGUUGCAAUUUGAUUGAACUUGACGAACCCGAGUGAUUUUGAUUGGUUGUGAAUACUCUGACGUGAACACCUGCCGCACACAGGCGAUUAAAAUCGUUACGAUUAUAGUUGCAGCGAGUGAAUGGUGACGUUUUUUAAAUAGAGGAAAUUUUAGUUGUUCCAAAAAGGAAAUUUUGGCCGCCUCAAUGAUUGUAACCUGUGCUAUCGUCUGUGUGUGGUGGCGCUAUCGUCUGUGUGUGGUGGCAGGUAGAGAAAUUUUCAAUUGUUUUUUUCUGAUUGCAAUACUCAACGCAUUAAAGUAUGACAUUUUCUUGGUAUCUAGGGCUUUAGUUUUAAUAGUUUCGAUUUUCAAACUUCAUGCAAGAGAUUUCUCAACAGCCUUGUGUGAUGCUUCGCUUUGCUUUGCCUUUGGGUAUGCCAUUUUGCUGAUGAAAAGGAUGAUAAAAAGGUUGACUCCUCUGUAGCUGACUUUGCCCUGUGCGGCAACCAUAAUGACAGACCAAUGACAUACUAAACAUCUGAAAUUCAGAGUUUUGGAAUUUUUGAUGAUGUGUGGGGUUUUCGCAGACCACCACACUCGUGUAUCUUGAACAAACUGCAUCUUUGAUCAAACAUUCUGAGAACAAAGGAUUUUAUAUCGCCAAUAAAAUCAGACAAAAGUAAAGAAAAACCGUGAUUAUAUUAAAACAUGACGUAUGAUUUCAGGCCUUGUGGGGUCAUGAUCUUUAUUGAAGUUUGAAUUUUACAAUAUCUUUUACUGAAUUUUACUCUGUGAUAUCAUUAGUGGGAUGUUUUUACGAAAGUUUUAUCAAAAAAUACAGUGUUAUCUUGUGAGCAGAAAUUAGGUCUUACAAAAUUUCAAGAAAAAAUGUAAAAAUCAUGUAAAAACUGCAAACAGGGCAAAACUAUUGGAUCAAAAGAAAUCGUUAUUGCAAUAAAAGAAAGGAAGUCAGUCGCAAGUGCUUCGAAAAGUCCUCUGCUAGUGCAUUAUUUUUCAUUUUUUUCAGUCUGAGAAAUCUCCUUCAAGCUUUAAAAUAUGAUAAUAAGCCUUCUGUUUCUUGAAAUCCUCUCUAUGUACAUCUGACUGUGCAUCGAUGUAUAGGUUGAAUCAGUAGAGUUGGGGUGAAACCGUCUGACUCUGUGUACGUGUAUGCCUGUCAUUAAAGAUGAACUGCUUCCUAGUAGGCACUCAUCACGUUAGGAAAGCGGUUUAGCUUUAUAUUUCAAAUAAACACAGCAUAUAAAGAGGGUUAAUUGUCAAUAUUUGUAAGUAUUGUGUAUAUCAUUAUUGAUCAGAUUCCACUAUUUACAUAAAGUGUACAUUGUUAUUAUCUUUAAAUGUUACAAUUAAAUAUUGUAUUGUUGGCCUUAAGAUGCACUGGGUUCUUGUCAGGCUGACGGCGUUCUUUCGUCCCUGUGGUGUAAUAUUGAUUAAAUUAUCAUAUUUAUGAUUAGAAUCAUGGGAUACUAUUCUAAAUAAUUGGGACGCUGCUGGGGAAUUAAUCGAUUCCCUAGUUCUGUGGUUAGCUAGUUAAUUACAUUGUUGAUAAUUAAAAAAAUUAUUAGAAAUCAUGCUUUGUGGUCUCAGGCUUGGAGAUUAUAAAAUAGAAGGCCCUGGUGGGUCAAGUGAUUUUCCUGGACAACUGCCAUCUCAUAGUGACAAUUUGCAAAUAAUUGAAUUUGAUUUCGGACAAUGGUAAACCUAAUUAACCAUAAAACUAGGUAAUUAACUAUUUAGUGACUAGCUAUUAUAGAUGAUGCAUCUUGAAAUAUUCAUACUAGUCAAAGACAUGUAAUUUCUAUGAUGAUCAGAAAAUAGUUAACUUUUUAAAUUUAGGUAAAAAAUGAAAUUUGUACAUUAAAAACUGGGAACUUAGCUUUAGGGUUGCUAUUGCAUAAUUCUCUUGUAUUUUCUCAAUUGCUAAAACUUCAGGGAUAUUUUGAACUUCGACCUUUGACCUUUGGUGUAGGUUGUCUAUGGUAUUAGGUAUGGUGCCCUCUAUUGCAUGAUGUAGUUACCAUGACAGAGAGAUCUCUGACCUUGACAUUACCGGUACCAGCAGUACAUUUUAACCAUGACCUUAACCUUUGCUAUCAUCAGCCUUUGACCUCUGUAGGCCUAUGAUUAGACUUCAGUCAUAAUAGAAUGGGAUGUGUUAUCCUUUCAUACACUUCGAAAUAUCAUCCUUCAUGUGAUCUUGAACUUUAACCUAUGAUGUUAGUGUCACCUUCUAUGAUCUGGCCUUGAACUCUGACCUAGAAAUCGUCUCAUGACUCACUUUCUUCCCAUGCACCAGAGAUUUCUAAAGUGCUCCUACACAUAUACAUAGGGUCUUCUCUAGUUCGUGACAACACAGCCCCUGCUAUUUCCUAAAAAAUCUUUGCACCACCCUACUCUGUAGCGCCACCUAUUGACAAGUGUGAGAGUGACGUUUUUGAAAUAUUCCGAGCCUCAAGGGUUAAUCUUGUAUUAAUACUGUAUUGAAAUGUGUCGAUUUUUAUACAUCGGUUGUACAAUCAUGUGUAAAUAGGUAGUUAUCUGUAGUGUGUUCCAAUACGGUCUUGAAUAUCUUGUACAUUUGCUAACAGGAACUAUUGAAUUUAUACUUGUGAUUUUUUCUUCCUGAGAUGAGGUGGAUUUAAUUUUUUCUCAAAAUUUGUUUGGGUGCUCUCAGUCCUUUAAAUUGAGGGGUGAAGCAGCGUGAAAUCAGGCCCUGAACGGACGGGCCUUUUCAUGUUUAAUGACUGAGCAGAGCCACAGAGUAAUAUUCAAGUAGGCUAACAAUAUCAUAUUUUUGUACGGGACAAAUGCCGGCCAACAAUUUUGGCCUUAAUGUUUUGUUCUCUCCCCACCCCUUAAACAUGUUCCCCUUCCAUGUAGUACUUUUUUACCUUGGGAAUUUUUAGUAGUUUGUGGGAGUUGUUCAUCAAAUUAGUGUAGGCCUACAAAUAGCCAUCUGAACAGUUUGUACAAAAAUUUAUUCAUCGUCCAAGACUAUCCCAGCAGCCACGUCCUGUUAUUCAGUCAGUCAUAUACUUCCUUUCAAAGAGCAUUUAGCAAUGGUUUAUGUGCCUUUCAAGCCCUCACAACUAAAAUUCUGGUGGCAUCAAUGCUAAGAUGAUUACAUCUAUUUUAGGGGAGCUCUGUACAUUAUCCUUUCCCCUUGGACUACACUUUUUUUACACCCCUUGUUGUCCAUUUCACCUCCCAUUUCCUUGGGUCCUGUGCACCCGGCCCUCUAGGUGCAUCAUGGUAGAGGUGAUAAAGAGAGGUUACGUACCGUCCCGGCCAUUCUAACGCCUCUCCUACGAGUUGAAGUCUGAUUAAUUUUCAGAACUUGUGUUGUAAGAAAGAAGGUUAUGGCCAACUUUUGAGCGCUAGAGUGAAGCAACUUGAUGCACUUAGUACAAGUCUGAGGUCACCGGAACAUCAAGGCUGUGGAGUCAUUUUCACUCCCAAACUCACAGAGGAUCUAAAACCCCUUUGUAAUGGAUGACAUCUAUCGUAGGGAGGGAAUUCCAGCAUUCGGAGGUGGAGUUGGGGUCGGGGUGGGCAACCUCUAUACUCAAGCGUACUGAGGAUCCAAGCAACACUCGCGUUGUAUCGACACUAGAUUGUUGUGCUACUCCCUCUAUCUGACAACUUUUGAACUACAGGACAUUGACUGUCCUAUGCUCACUCUGUAGCAGUAUUAACUAUAUAUGUAUAUACGCAUAUAUAUUCUGUCCAAGUAUGAGAGGUACUUUUGAUAUGUGUUUUGAGUAUGAAAAGCCUAAAUAGGAAUGUGUGAGUUGAACUUUAAGUAACUUCAGUUGUCCUAUCAAAAUACAAUAGUUCUGCAAUUGGUCUACUAAAUAGCAUUGUGUAAAUGUAGACCGAUAUGUUUCAUCUAUCCAGGUUCGUUAGUUUAGAAUUUUGAAUUACAAAUUUAAUUUGAGAAUUUUUUAUCAUUCAAAUAACAGUGCUGUUAUACAGAUCACAACGUUGUUAAAGUAUAUUCGUAUUGCACUGGUGUGUCUCAUUUGAUACUCGACUAUGGCCAUGUUUAUCUCGAAUAACCAGCAUAGCAAUGUAAACAUCUUCCAUGAACGUACUACGCCUUUAAAGUUUUGUCUUUAUUUUUCUCUUUCUCUGAUUAACUUUCCCUUGCUUGUUUUGAAGGAGUAGACUUGGAGUCAAAAUAAGAUGGCCUUCUGAAAUUAAUCAUGUAGAGAAAUUCGACUAUAGCCGGUUCAUAAAUAAUUCGUCCGUACCAUUUGGGACUCUGGAGCUGGGCCUAAAAUUACGAUGAGAAAAUAUUUACAAAUUGAGUUCAGGCCUACAUGUAGAAUCAGUGUGUAAGAUUGGUAUGAAAAACAACCAAAAUCAUUUUCAAAGGUGAAAAGCAUAUGAAAAUUAUGAGGUGCUGUGGUGAUCGAGUCUGUAGGCCUUGCUUUGAAAAGUGUGAUUAUAAGGAGGAAAUAAAAUGUGUGAAAGGCCCAAGUGUAGGCCUCUCAGUUGUCUUGAUGACAUUGGGUAUAUGUAUAUUGUGUGAGUCUUGUUCGUGAUAAAAACCUAUUAUGCGGCAUUUGAACAUUUUAUCGUGCAUUUUGAAUGCAUAUUCCCGAGCAGCGUCUCAUUUGCAUAUUUUUGACAUUUCACACUCUUUAAUGUCUCCGGGUUUUCAGAAUGUAUAGUUUCUCCCUCUGUAUUGAGUGUAAAUUUCUUUGUAAAUGUAAACUAUUUUCUUCUGUAAGUGUAUUAUAAAUGAUGUCUGUACAUUGUUAGUGAGCUCGGUGAAAAGGUUGUCUGAGGUUUGUUUGGACUAAUUGGUGACCAAAUCUAAAAAUUUAUUCACAUCGUUAGCCACUGCAAAGGCUUUAUUUCAAGGGCUUUUACAGGAGUGUGCAAAUGACUGGGAUACUAUGGAAUCUGAAAAUUCAAACUAGAAAAAAAUACAUAGUGACAAUGUCCAAUUCAGUUUUGCAACCCUUGGACAACUUAUUGCACCCAGUGCAUUUCAGUCUGUAAAUAUACAACAAUAAAUGUAUAUUUUCUCCUGUACAUGUAUUUUUUUCUGUAAAUGUAAAUUUUCAUCUGUAAAUGUAGGUUUUUUCUUCUGUAAAUGCUUUAGGACAUCUCUUCUUGUUAAAAAUGCCUUUUGGGCAGAACUGGCCUGGGGGUAUUUGAAGAAAAUGUGUGCAUCUUGGCCAGUGAUGCAAAUAAGGUCACUCGUGUUACUUUAUAUGCAACUCACAAAAUUGCCUUGGACUUAACCCUGAAAGGUCUUGAGGUGUUUGAUUAUGAAAAAUAUUCUGAACUAGACUCUUUCCUCCAAAUAUUGAAAUUCAUGGUACAACCAAAAGCAUAUCUCAAAACCUUAAAAAUGAAUUCUAACACACAUUGUGGGGUUUCCAUUUUAUUUUAAAGUCUAAUUUUAGCCGUAUUUUGAUCACAGGGCUUAAAGGGUUCAGUGAAAAACAGAUUAAAUCAGUCAGCUUUUGUAUGUUUUAUUGUAAAUUCACCCAACUUCACUUAGCUAUCACCCCUCACGAGGAAAAUAUAGAACACUCCGUUACUGCACGUGUAAAGUCUUUUAGCUUUCUCUAUUUAUGCCUAAAAGGUGUGAUAGACUACUUAGCAUCAUUCUACUGCUUGAACUAUUUUGCCACUAAAGCUAUAUUUUUGAAACGGGAAAGUUAUCUGCUUUGUAUAAAACCCCAAAUUGGUGUGCCAGUAGGUUGACAUUGUGAAAUUAUCCCCUACAGAAUCCCAGAGGCCGUAAAAGAUUUUUCUUGAAAACUGCUGCAGCAUAAAAAAUAAGGAAGUUUCGUGUCAGAAUCGAUUGCGUUCCGAGUCUUAACACUUCUCUGUCUUAAUCCCCAAUCAUGUGUUUUUCUGUAGCAGUCUAGUGUUUCUACCCUCUAGGCAUUGAAGACCUAUUAUAAUCUCAAUGACACUUCUUCUACUAACAGUAUUAUCGGUCAUUGUUCUAACUGUGCCAUUAUAGUGUUUGAUGUGAACAUUUUAUGUUUUCCAGUUGUAAGCCCAAAUUUAAUUCAACUGUAACCUUUAGUUUGGAUUUGGUAUGGCCUCCGAUACUUCUCUUAAAGUAAGUUCCCAUGUAGACGUUAAAUAGCCUUCUCACCUAGAAGUGAAUACGUGGUUACUCUUAACAAGGAUACAGUAGUAUCUUCAAAGCUUGUGUAGGAGCAUGUUUUGGCAUUGGGAAAGGCCCAUUGACACUUCUGGCAGUUUGCAGUUUGAAUUCCAAUAUCAAACAGCCAGUCUUGACGUCAUUUCGACAUCAUGACGUCUUCACGAAGUGUUAGGCUGCCUGGAUCUAUGGCCUACCACACCAAAGUCAGGAGGAUUUGCCUAUUCAGCAGUUUCAAAACUCGGCUCAACAGUCUAGCAACAUUUCGUCAGUCACCCGCUAUAGUUUCUUUACUUUCAUCUUUCUAUGGUAUGUGAAUGUACAGUCUUGGGCCUAGUAACUUGUCCCCACGCUGUAUAGUGAGUAAGAAACUCAUGUAAAUUUGUAUUAAUUGGAAUGAUCGAUGUGUGCUUUUUGCAUGUAAAUCAACAAACUUCACAUUGAAUUGUAUAUCAGAUUGUUCAUAUCUGACUUGGUGACCAAUCCUGCGGUCUUGUUCUACCUCCAUCUUGGGUUACUUCCCUCUAAGGGGUUUGCCGCGUGUCAAUAAGGUGGGCGCCAGUUCAGCUAAAUUGAUCUGAAGUGAAUUGGUCCGAGCCUUUGGUCACUGACUCAUUUAUGACUAACUCAUCAUCUGACUCUAUUCAUUUCUAUCACCAUGUGCAAUGAACGUCUAAAUCUGGUGUUAAUCAGUUCCUGUUGCUUGAUACGUGUCGAAAUGUCUGUUUAGAUUUUUUAUGUGUACAUAUAAUGUCUUAAUCAACGCAUGAUAACUUUCCAGCCACUAGCUGUUUAUCUUUUGCCCUAGGAUUCUGGAUACCUAGAUGUAGAGUCUGGGCAGAUUAUGCUAUAGUUAUACAUGUAGCUUAUCUAACGAUCUCUAGAGGCAGAAUGGGGUGUUUGUGCAGUGCGGAGACCCCCAGAUAUACGUAGUUUGACCUCUGUGAAUAAACCAAUGACAAAAAUUCUAUCAUUUUUAUCCAAAUUAUUGUAUGGAAUCAGUAUGUGUCUAUUAAAUAAUAUAGAAAUAAUUAUUCAAAAAAUAUAUAUGUAUAAAUAUUUAAGCUAUUUAUACGUAUGUAUCAUAUAAAUAUAUAAAUAUAUAUUAUAAAGAAAUAUAUUGAAACUCAGAGCUAUUUUUGUUCAAAUUGGAACAUGUCGUGAAAAUGUUUCAUACGUUGACACCAUCUAUUACGAGAGAGCUCAAGCAGUUUUAAUUUUUUUAUUCCUCAUGGAGUAGAGUUUUCUAGUCCCUUCGAGAUCGAACCCUGUACUCUGUGAGAUGUGCCUUUACCUGGCUCGGUAACAUAAAAAUAUAUACCAUGUAUGAUACUCUGUGCAGGCACAUCUAAAUCUAUUUGCAGGAAAUUAGACAAAACUUCGCUGGGAAUUAUCAUCUACAGGAGCUAACACUAUGCCUCAUAAUUCAAAGUGCAGAGAAAGCUUGUGAGUAAACUUUGACAAUUACAAAGGUUACUAAUCUUGACUUCAAAACAAAACCAGGUUUUUACAGCGUUUUGGUACCAGUUAACUCAAAAACACUAAAUUUCUGGACUCGGACUAUCAGACACUUUGAAAAUGUCAAGUAAGGUGUCUGCUUCUGUAUAAGAAUUCCAUACACUAGUCUUGAUUAAUUCUUGUUACAAUGUGUUACCACAAUUUAGAAAUUUGACCGUUUUGUAAGACACACUACGCACCUCUUUUCACAGAGCACAGUCCCUCAUCCUCCUUUUCAAUAAACAUUGUUUAAUCUCUCACUAACUUCUCGAUUUCAAACCUAAGCAUUCCUACAUUUUGUAAGUAGAAUAGGCCAACAACACGAUCGAUGUGAUGGAUUAACCGAAGAGUGAUGUGAACAAAUGGAAUUGAAUACAAAGACAGGGACAUUUCACAAGAUUUAAAAACUUUUCUUCUAUUUUCAAGACAUUCUAUUGGUCAUUUGACCAUUCGUUAGGUCUCAGAUUUUGGAUUAUUUGCUUGAGAUUGUAGGACAUCUACAAAGUAAAAAAUCAUUUUCUGAGACUAAAUCACAAUUGCUGUAAAAAUGAAUGAAACAAUAUUGAAAAUUUUUAUAGAUUCUCCAUCAAAACUCCUGUCUUUGGACGAUUAUCAUUGCAUACUUACUGAAAGGGUUAAUCCUUCGAAUUUUCUACCACAGUCAACUGCAGCUCCAAAUCAUUUAGGUGUCCACUAACCUCGUGCCCAGGAUGAAAGAAUUACUGGGGGCGAGGUUCGCAUGUUUAACCGUUCCACCAUUGCAUUGCUUCGUCAUAAGGACAUCAAUUUUACAAAUUGUUGGAGAUAGUUGGCCUGGUUAUCAAUGUCACAGGUCCUAAUUUCAUUUCAUUAUAUUCCAAAGCAACAAAUGUAAGAAUUCAUAAAAAUGUUUCUCUUGUAAAUUUGUGCAUAUAUGCUUAUAUUCUUGCACCAAAAUUAUUAAACACCCUGGUUGCCAUGGGUUAUUCCCUAGCAACAGCGGUUGCUAUGGUAAUGAUCCCUGGUUACUGGUUGCUUUGUCAUGUUACUGCUAGGUCCUUAUGCAGGCAAUGGAUUCAUCAAAUGCUGUGUGUUACAUGAAAAUUGUAAAAAUUUCAUAAUUAGCCUUUUAUUGUAAAAUCUGAACUUUCAAUCCUCGAAUAAAAGAAUCACAGUUAAAAAACAA